AUGGCCAGCGAGCUCGCCUGCACAUACGCUGCCCUUAUCCUUCACGAUGAUGGCAUUCCCAUCACGGCCGACAAGAUCGCGACGUUGGUGAAGGCCGCGAACGUGAACGUGGAGGCUUACUGGCCCACGCUCUUCGCCAAGCUGCUCGAGAAGCGCAGCGUUGAAGACCUCGUCUCAAACAUCGGAUCAGGUGGCGGCGGUGCCGUUGCCGCUCCUGCUGCUGCGGGCGGUGCUGCUGCACCAGCAGCUGAGGAGAAGAAGGAGGAGAAGAAGGAGCUGCUGGGAGAGGAGUUGGGAAAGGGCGCGAACGGGCGAGUGUUCAAGGCGCUGGACCUGCAGAACGGCGACUUCGUGGCCGUCAAGGAGGUGUCCCUCGAGAACAUCGACCAGGACGACCUCGCCUCUGUCAUGCAAGAAAUUGAUCUACUCAAGACAUUCAACCACAAGAACAUAGUCAAGUAUCUGGGCUCCAUCAAGACUAAGACCCACCUCUUCAUCCUCCUUGAGUUUGUGGAGAAUGGCUCUCUGGCCGGCAUCAUCAAGCCAAAUAAGUUUGGGCCCUUUCCAGAGUGCCUUGUUGCUGUCUACACUGCUCAGGUGCUGGAGGGGCUCAUGUAUCUGCACGAGCAGGGCAUCAUCCACUGCGACAUCAAGGGCGCCAACAUCCUCACCACCAAGGAGGGUCUGGUGAAGCUGGCGGAUUUUGGGGUGGCGAUGCGAGUAGAGGAGGCAGCGGCGUGCCAUGGGGACGCGGAGAACCCCAACGUGGUGGGCACGCCCUACUGGAUGGCGCCCGAGGUCAUUGAGAUGUCCGGCAUCUCACCCGCCUCCGACAUCUGGAGUGUAGGCUGCACUGUUAUCGAGCUCCUCACCACCAAGCCGCCCUACUUCGACCUCCAGCCCAUGCCCGCUCUCUUCCGCAUCGUUCAGGACGACAUGCCGCCCAUACCAGAGAAUGUGUCAGCUGCCACGUCCGACUUUCUCCACCUCUGCUUCCGUAAGGACACCAAGAGCCGCCCGGACGCCAAGACUCUCCUGCGGCACCCGUGGAUCCGGCAGGCGAAGCGGGCGGUGUCGUCCGGCCUUGCUGCCAUCCCCCGCCCUGUCAGCGCCGGCUCCUCCUCCUCCUCCACCCGCCCCCUGUACCCUGAGGCCCCGUCGCAAGGUGGUGCAGGCAGGGGCAGCGACGAGGCAGCAGCCAUAGACGACUCAAUCGAUGCUGCCAGACGUGUGCACGCCACCUCCCACGCCUCCUCCUCCUCCUCCUCGCCACCUGUCACCCUCUCCGCCUCCUCUCCGGACAGCGAGCGGCGUGAUAGGAAGAUCCACCUGCAAGCGGACGCGGUGAAGGACCUGAGGGAGGCAGCCAAGGCAGCACGCAAGUCACGAGCACAGCGCCACUCUAUGGGCGGUAGCAUUGACUCCGGUGCCCCCUCUGAUCGCCCCGGGACCGCCGAGGAUGCUGGUAGUGGUGGUGCUGGUGCUGGUGGGGUGAGUGGGGGCAGUGGGAUUAGCAGCAGCGGUAUCCCCCUCAGUGGCAGUGGGCGGCGUAAGAUUAUUCGGUCCAAGAGCGACAAGGAGCUGAAUGCCAGAGACAGUGAGGGGCACGCGGAGGGGGGGGCAGGGGGAGCGGGUGGCAAGGACGGGGCGAGGAGGCAGAGGUGGAAGAGCGGACAGGGUAUGGACGAGGAGGGCAGCAGGGAGUUUAUCAGCAUGCAGGGGGAAGGGGGCGUGUGGGAGGUCUCAGAUGAAGAGGAUGGGCUGGGGAAAGUUAAGGGAGGGAGACGAGGAGCAGGGCGGGAGAGAGCAGAGGAAGAGGAUAGCAGUGGAGAGAUAGGUUCGGGAGAGGCUCGGCAGCAGCUGAAGCUGGGGCAGUCGAGCAGCACUGGUGGAGCGGGUGUGGGUGGGGGGGGAGGGAGUGGGGCGAGCAGUGGGCGGUCGAUGAGUGCUGGUCUGGCGUCUCCCCCUCGGUCCCACCGGGGGUCGCGCUCCCAGCAGCAGUCUCCGGAGGGAGCGCAUGGGAGGUUGAGUUUUGAGGCGCCUCAGAAGGUCUCGCGCUCGCAGCAACAGUCACCGGAAGGAGCGCACGGGAGGGCGAGUGGGGGGAGGUCUGGUGGGGAGAACUUCCUGGUUGGGUCUUCAGGGGAGGAGGGCGGGGCGGAUCAAGAGGAUGAGAGAAACGGCACGCCCGCUGGGAGGAAGGCGAGGCGGAGAUCACAAGAUGGGGACGGGACCGGGGCGGAGGGAGGAGGAGCGGGAAAGAAGGGGGCGGGGAAGAAGAAGGAGCAGCGGCGCAGCGGGCCUCUGUCAGCCCCUACGGGCAAGUCAGGAAAGGGCGCGGGGAAGAAGCGAGGCUCACAGCAGCAGCAGGCACAGCAAGACGAUGACUGCAACAACGACAACAGUGGUAAAAUUGUCCCGGGCAGCAGCAGCCUUCUCGCACCGCACACGCCUCCACAGCCCAUCCCACGCCCCCUUUCCACAUUCAUCGAGACAGAGGAGGAGCGGUCUCUCUCCUCCCUCACAGCCAUGUUCUCGCCUCUGGCGGGAUCACCACAGGUGGCGGGCGGGAGCAGGAGCCUGGCGGGCGUGCUGAGGGAGAGGCUUGUGAGAGGGAUGCACCGUGUGGCUGUGAAGGCAGAGCGCGAGGGGAGUGACCUGUUUGCGGGUGUUGAGGGGCUGGAUGCGGUUGGGAGCGGUGCGGAGAGGGGAGAGGAGGAGGGUGGGGCUGUGGGUGUUGUUGGUGGAGUUGGGGUGGUUGGGGAGUUUGAUUCAGCGGUCUAUGGAGGGGCAGCAGGUGGAGGGGCAGAGUGCAAAUCGAGCCUGCGGCCAGAGUUGCUCAACCAGAAGGUAUCAGAAGCAGCGGGGCUGCUGAGCCAGCUGAAGCCGUCGCAGGGCGAGGAGGCGAUAGAGGUGGCGAGCAGCAGGCUGGCGGGGCUGGUGGGGGAGUACCCCGAGGUCAAGGGCGAGCUCGUGGCGACCCAUGCUGUGCUGCCACUGCUCGAUGUGUUCGAUGCUGACAGCCCCCGGAUAGUGCUGGCAGUGCUGGGGCUGCUGCAGCAGCUCAUCACCGACAGCCCUGCCAUCCAAAGCCUGCUCUGCAAUGCUGGCCUCGUGCCGACGCUGCUCAACUUCUCCUCACCGGGUCGCUGCUCGCCAGACAUGCGCCAUCAGGCAGGCCUUGUGCUGCGCCACCUCUGCCACUCCAGUCCCGACGCAGUGAGAGCGCUGCUGGCAUGUCGGGGCCUGCCCACGCUCAUGGCGUUUCUUGAGACCGACUACUGCAACAACCGAGCGUUCGUGCACAUCGGGUUGGACUGCCUGCUGGAAGUGCUGGCAGCGGGGCGCCCCACCCCGCGCACGGACAUUGCGAGGCAGCUGGCGCGCAUGGGGCUGCUGCACCGCCUGCUCUCCCUCCUGCACUCCGUCUCCUCCGCCCGCAACCACCCCGCUUCUGCCUCAUCUGCUGGCGCUGGCGCUGGUGCUGGUGGUGCUGGUUUUGGUGGUGAGGGUGGGGGUGAGGGAGGUGGUAGGAGCAGCUGGGAUGGCGGUGCGGCUGGCUCUGGUGGUGGCUCCGUGUAUGGGUCAGCGGACGCAUAUGGCUCUGGCAACACAGGGGGGGCAGGUGCAGGAGCGGGAGGAGGGGGGGCAGCAUCAGCUGCUGCUUCUCCUGCAACCUCCUCCUCAACAUCGUCUGCUGCUGCUCCUGCCGCUGCCACUCCUGCUCGGCGCUCCCAGCGCCGCAUCUUCGGCCUAGCGCAGUUCCGAAGCAAGGCAGCCAAGGCUGGACAGGGCGGAGGAGACUCGCAGGCACAAGGAGGGGCAACAUCCUCAUCAGCAGCAGCCAGAACAGGAGGAGGAGGGGGAGGAGUGGCAGGUGGUGCUGGUGGCUCUUCCAGUGGCGGAAAUGGAGUGGGUGCAAGAGCAGGGGGGUAUGGGACCAGUUCCGGUGACAGUGGUGGUGGUGCUGGUGCUGCUGGUGGUGGUGCUGGGUGGGGCAGUGGGUCCUCCUCUUCCACAGAUACUAACACGUUCACCUCCUCCUCCUCCUCCUCAUCAGCAGCAGCGGUGAAGCAGCAGCAGCUAAACCCGGCAGCGCUGGCAGCACAAGACACGCUCUACCUCACCCGCACAGCCCUCCUCCUGCUGCACCUCUGCCAGGCAGACGAGGCAGUGCGCGCGCACAUGCUCGCGCCCUCCUUCCUCAAGCGCCUGCUCGACGCCCGGGAGUCUCUCCCCCCGCCCGUGCUGCUGCUGCUGCUGCGCGUGCUCCGCCAGCUGUCGGCUGAUGCCGCCUCGCAUGACUCGUUGCAGCGGGCCGAUGCUGUCCGUGCACUCGUGCCAUAUAUUGAUGCGGGGUUCAGGGAACGGUUUGAGGUGGCGGGGAGAGGGGAGAGCCGGACGGGUGGUGGUGAGGGAGCGGUGGCGUAUCCGGAUUCUCUGUUCUGCGACAUUCAGGCUGAGGCGCUGAUGGCGCUGUACAAUCUGUGCAGGGGCAGCAAGCGCAGGCAGGAGCUGGCAGCAGAAGCUUCCAUCGUCCCCCCCCUCAUGGUGCUCAUCUCCUCGCGCUCGCCUCUUCUCCCCUUCGCGCUGCCACUCCUCUGCCUGCUCGCCACGGCCUCACGAGCUGCCUGCGACACGCUGCUCCACCACAACGCGCUGCCGCUGCUGCUCUCGCUCCUCGCCACCCCGCUCACUCCCCACGCCGCCAUCGCUGCCCGCCUCGCAGACAGCAGGAAGGAGGGCACUGGGGUCAAGGGGGGAGGCGGAGGAGGGGGGAGUGUCGCGGGAGGAGCAGGGGGAGCAGGGGCGCCAGGGGGAACGGGGGGUGCUGGGGGGGCCCAGGGGAGUGGGGAAGGGGCGGAGAGGAUGUGGGGAGCAGCGGCGUUUGAGGCGGUGGUGGCGUGUGUGGUGAACGAUGGGGAGGGGCGGCAUGUGGAGCAGACGCUGCUGCGCCGCGACUCCCUGGAGGCGCUCGUGUGGUUCGUGCGCAGGGCCGCCAAGACUCCAUCGUUUACAGCGCUCUUUGAGCCUCUGCUGCGCCUCGUCAGCAAGUCGCCCACACUGAAUGCAGCGCUGUCGGUGGGAGGGCUGGGCGACCUGCUCGUGGCUCGCCUGGACGACCCUCAGCUGGAGCCCGCCGUGCGCCUCAACCUUCUCAAGCUGCUCAAGGCGGUGUACGAGCAGCACCCAUACCCCAAGGGGCUGUGUGUUCCAGACGAGCUGCCGGGGAAGCUGCAGCGGCUGACGGAGGAGCGGCGCAUUGCGGGCGGGCAGCAGGUGCUCGUCAGACAAAUGGCGUCGGCGCUGCUCAAAGGGCUGCACUUCGGCCCGCCCAGAUAG